UUGGAGCAGCUGUUGCUGCUGUCCGAUGUCGGCACGAGGAACAGCCGGAGCGACAGAGAAUCGACGGGAUUGUGUGUUAGGGGUUCCAGAGAUGAGACUUCCUACUUGGUCAUGUGGAAGAGCGCCGUCGAGCGGGAGCGCAAGGCGGCAGAGUUCCAGAAGAUUGCUGAUACCUUGCCUCAGAUUGAUGACGGGAGCCGGUGGAUUUGGAGAAGAAAAAGCGAGGAGUUCAGCAAGAUUCUGGAUGUCUCAGACGAGGACAGAGACCGGAUUCAGCGAAUGCAAGUGAUUGAUCGCGCCGCCGCUGCAAUUGCAGCCGCUCCAUCUGUUCUCAAGGGGUUGAAGGAGAAGUCUGCUGCUGAUUCCGGGUCCAAUGAUGGUGCCGAUGACUCGGUCCAAAGCCGAGGAGGAGAUACGGAAGAACAAGGUAAAUGA